AUGGAAUCCCAGAUACCUGAAACAGUUUCACAAAUCAACGAUUCACCAAAUUCACCUACUAGUACAUCUGCUAUUCGUAAUCAAGCAAGUAUACAACAAGAGAACGUAGAACUUAAAGUUCGUGUUGCUAACCUAGAAAGUCGCCUGACAACAGUUCUUUCAGACGCAUCACUCUCAGAUAGUAAAAUACAAGAUCUGAUAAAUGGUUUUCGAACAAUUGACGACUUAACGUCACAAGUAUCAAGAUUAAAAUCUCAACUUGAAGAGGCAAACAAUUUAGUAAAUAAUCAAAAGCAGGAUAUAUCAGAAUAUCAAACUCAAGCGGAUGAAUUUCGCAAGAAAAUAGCCGAUUUAAGUUCAAAACUUGCAAUUGAGCAAAAUAAAAAUUCAUCAUCGUCUGAUGAAAAUAUACAAGCUAUACAAAAUAUGAAACUAGAGAACUCAAAAUUAAAGAGAGAAAUAUCAGCACUUGAAUCUAACAAUGCGGAACUUUCAAUUGAAAAUAUGAAUCUUAAAUCUCAGUUAAAAGAUGGUGAAAACGAUCGCAAAAGAUAUGAAACAGAAAUAAAUCAGCUCAAAAGCUCAAAUACUGAUUUGCGAAAUAAAUUAAAUGUAUUACAAACGACAAACAACCAAUUACAAGCUGAAAUUGAUGAACUUAGAUCAAAAGCAAGCAAGGAUGAUUCAGCAAAAAUCGCUCAACAGCUUGAAUUACAAAAUAAAAAUUAUAUCAGUGCUUUCAAAUCAGUUUAUAACAGAACCAAGAACUUUAAACAGCAAUUCAAAUCAUUUAAUACUUCUGUCGAUACUAAAUUCUCGUCGGUUUUACAAUCACAAAAUAAUUUAAUUUCCCAACGAAUUGAGAAGCUUAAGAAGUAUACAAAUGAUAUCAAAUCAUUAAAUGCUAAUACUAUUACCAGACUAGUUACAUUAAUUGCAAAUGCCGCCAAAUUAGACCAAGAAUCAGUUCCUAAAACAGAAUAUUUGAUGACUCAUCCAGAAGCCAUUACAGAGUUCGAGAGUCAUGUCCAAACAGCAUUAUCUAUUAACGAAAAUAAGAUUCAGACAGAAAUUUCUCAACUUCAAAGACAAUUAAAGAAAUCAUUGAAUAGACCAAGUGUAAUAUCGCCAGAAGUAGCAAAUUUAGUCCAACAAAUGCAAGAGCGAGUCCAGCAAAUGACAGAUCGCGUAGAAAGUGAACAUCACGCUUUCAUUAACGCUAUUGAAUCAACUAUUUAA